UCCUGUAAUAUUGAUAUCAACGAUGGAAAAUAAAACAGCAAAUGCAGCUAUUGUUUCUUUAAUUAUUCACGGUUUAAUUAAGAGAAAGAAAGAACGAAAAACAUUUUGGUCAAAAAAAUGGCUACUCAGAAGAACACAACUUGGAUGUUAUGAAAAUCUUAUGAAGGAAUUAGCAUUAGAAGAUGCAGAAGGCUAUCGUCGUUUCCUCAGAAUGGACACAGAAAUAUUUGAAAUUUUGUUACAGAAAGUUGAGCCCCUUAUAGUGAAACAAAGUACUGUCAUGAGUAUAGCUAUCCCAGCAGCAGAACGAUUAGCGAUAACAUUAAGGUAUUUGACCACAGGAGAAACGCAAUCUUCAAUAGCUUUCAAUUCUUGUGUAGCGCAAAAUACGAUAUCGGGUAUAAUUCCCACAGUGUGCACGGCUAUUACAGAUGUUUUAAAGGAUGAUUACAUGAAAGUUCCGACAUGUGAAGACGAGUGGAAAAAGAUUGCUGCAGAUUUUCGUACACUUUGGAACUUUCCACUUUGUAUUGGUGCGUUAGACGGAAAGCAUAUUAAUAUUGCACCUCCUCCAAAUUCUGGCUCAUCAUACUGGAAUUAUAAGCAGUUUUUUAGCGUUGUUUUGUUGGCAUUGGUGGAUGCAAAUCUAAUGUUUAUUUAUGUUGACGUGGGAACAAAUGGCAGGAUCAGUGAUGGUGGCGUGUGGAACAAAAGUACACUAAAAAAACUCCUAGAUAGUGGAAAACUUGAAAUUCCUAAAGCGGAAUUACUCCCAGAACUAAACGUUUUUGUUCCACACGUCAUUGUUGCAGAUGAUGCUUUCCCACUCGAAAUAAACAUUAUGAAACCCUAUCCUGGAAAAUAUUUAAGUGUUGAGCGCAGAGUUUUUAAUUACCGCUUAUCAAGAGCUCGAAGGGUGGUAGAAAAUGCAUUUGGCAUUUUAGCCACUCGUUUUCGAGUUUUCCAAACAAAGAUACAGGCGCAUCCAAUAAAAGUCGUUAAGAUUGUGCUGGCAGCCUGUGCUCUGCAUAAUUUUUUGAGAUACAGGUGCAAAAAUUUGUAUACUCCCUCAACAAGCUUGGACAGGGAAGAUUUGAAAAAUCUGCAAUAUUAUCCAAGCAGUGGGCGAAGCAACAAAACUCUGUUCAAAAACUUCCGUCGAAACCAAUCUAAUGGUAACAGCUAAAAACAUUCGAAAUCAUUUCAUGGAAUAUUUUAAUGGGCCUGGAGCAGUUUCAUGGCAAAGAGCUAUGUGCGAUUUACAUUGAGCUAAUAUUUAAGUGGUUUUAUCAACAUAGAAUUUUAGCGGAGCAGAAAGUAAAGUAUUUAGUUUUAAAUAUUUUUAAAAAAAUUUUGUUUUGCAAAAAUACAAAUUAGUCCAAAAAUACAAAUAAGUCCAUCUGUAUCUUAAAU